UAUCCCAGUCCAGAUUAAAACCCAGAUUGUAUUUCAUGAUCUAAUCCGAAUUCAGAAUCUUUUAUUAUUAUUAUUUUUUUUAUUUUUGAACAACCCAUUUUCAAGAUUUGAUCCAAUCCGAAGGCGCAAAUCCGAUCAGAUUACUUUUGAACAACUGGCCACAGGUUGAAGUAUUCUCAUGAAUAAUUCAGCAGCGGAAGUGCAGGAAUGGGCGGAGCUGUGUGAAUAAUAAGUAGCUCCGCCCCCUCAUGUUUAUUGAUUGGGUUUAUUUGACAGCCGUGCGCUUCAGUCCCACUAUGGCGUCUCAUCAAAUCAGGAUGGGCUUUUUCUACCGCCUUCUGUACUGGAAUUUAUCCGUCGCCGAUUGGUAUCUUACAUCUGGAUUUCUGUGCUGAAAGACGUCAAAUGUAGGCGAAAUGAAGGACGAGAAAAGCAUAGCGCGGUCGCUCCAGAGCGCCGACACGGAGUGGAGAAAUGCAGCCGAUGUGGAGGAUGUCCAGGCGGGCAGCGGAGCGCCGCUGAUCCCGGUGCAGCAUGAAGCACCGACAGCCCGAGCGGGAACGGGAAUACGCGUUUUAAAGCGUAACAUGAAGAGGAACGGCAGUCGAGGCUGUGUGACGAGGAAGACGCGCUUCGGCUCUCGAGAGCGAGACUGGCUGAAGGGCGACGCUCAGCGAGGCUGUGUGUGUCUCUACGGGGCCUCGGAGCCUCAGCCUCCAGCCUCGGGCCCCCAGACCUCCACCAGCACCCAGCCGGACCUGAAGCUGGUGCUCUGCUCCACCAACACCACCGCCGAGGAGCUGUGCGCUCAGAGAGACGUGCAGGGUCUCUAUCUGCAGCUGCACGGAGACCUAAUCAGGAGGCUGGACCCCUCUGAGCGUCCUCUUCAGAUGGUCUAUGACUACCUGACUGCUAUGGGCUAUGAAGACCCGCUCCGUGUCCAGCAGGAAGCCGCCAACUCCGACCUCAGCUGCAUGAUCCGCUUCUACAGUGAGAAACCAGUGAACGCAGACCAGCAGGAGCGGACUCUUCUGAAGGGUGUGUUCAGCGUCAGGAAGGGAAAGACGCAGCUCCAUAAAUGGGCCGAGCGGCAGGUCAUCCUGUGCGGGACGAGUCUCAUCGUUGCCUCUGUCAAGGACAGCCUGACCGGCAAGAUGCACAUCCUACCCCUGGUCGGUGGGAAGGUGGAGGAGGUGAAGCGGAGGCAGCACUGUCUGAUGUUCAGCUCCGCCGGACCGCAGGCUCAGACCUACUACGUUAACUUUGACACGCUGGCAGACUACCAGCGCUGGCUUCGGCAGGCUUCGAAAGUGGUGUCUCAGACCAUCAGUCUGGUGGAUUUGUCCUGCUACAGUCUGGAGGACGUGUCCGAGUAUCUCUUCUACUGCCAGGACGUCACACACCUCAACCUACGACACAACUUCAUGAGUCUGGACGGCCCUGGAGGACUCAUCAACUUCAGCAGAUUUGGCCAGCUGAGGAGCUUGAAUCUUUCUCACAAUGGGCUGGGCGUCUUCCCGGAGUCUCUGUGUGAGAUCCAGACUCUGACGGAGCUGUAUCUGUCCUGCAACGGCCUCACUUCUGUCCCGGCCCGCCUCCAAAACCUCCAGAGCUUACAGAUGCUGUGUUUGGACGGGAAUCUCCUCGAGUCUCUUCCGGAGGAGCUGGGAAACCUGACGCAGCUCUGCAGCUUGGGUCUCUCCUUCAAUGACUUCCCUCUCGUCCCCGGCGUGGUGGAGCGCCUCGGGGCCCUGGACAAGCUGGCGAUGGCGGGGAACAGGGUGGAGACUCUGGAUCUGUUCAGCCUGCUCCGAAUGACUCACAUUAAGAGUAUUGAUUUACGAUUAAAUGGCCUCCGCUGUGUUAAAAGCGAAACUCUGGAGCCGGUCAAACAUCUCACCCAGCUGGACCUGAGAGACAACCAGCUGACGUCUCUGGACCUGAGCUCGGCCUGCGGUCUGGAGAGCCUGCAGUGUCAGAGGAACCAGCUGAGAGCCCUGACGCUCAGCGGCUUCACCCUGCGCUCACUCCACGCCAGAGACAACCGUCUGACCACGGUGAACAUCUACCCUGUUCCCAGCCAGCUUACACAUAUGGACCUAUCAAGGAAUCUCCUGGAAUACCUGCCAGACUGGGUGUGUGACAGCAGGAAGAUCGAGGUGCUGGACGUCUCCCAUAAUCUGCUCUCUGAGCUCCCGGCCAGACUUCUCAGCAGUCUGAGUCUGCGUAAACUGCUGGCUGGUAACAACCGGCUGGAGAGACUGGCUGACCUGCUCGAUCACGUCCCACUGGAAACACUCGACCUGCAGCACAACAAGCUGCGCCAACUUCCAGAGAGCUUCUUCUACAAAGCCUUGAACUUAAAGUAUUUGAAUGUGUCUGCCAAUGCGCUGGAGACGAUCCCGCCGAGCAGCCAAUCAGAGGAGAGCCUCAGCACCCUGCAGGAGCUCUAUCUCACAGGAAACUACCUGAAUGAGAGCUGCGCUGCUCUACUGGUGGGGCAUCAGAACCUGCGGGUCUUGCACAUGGCUUAUAACCAACUGCAGUCCUUCCCUGCAAGCAAGCUCAGUAAGCUGGAGGUCCUGGAGGAACUGAAUCUGAGUGGGAACAAGCUGAAAACGAUCCCCUCCACCGUGUCCAGCUGCAAGAGACUGCACACACUCAUCGCUCACUCCAACCAUAUCGGCGUGUUCCCUGAGGUCCUCGGCCUCCCCGAGAUCAAGCUAGUAGAUGUGAGCUGUAAUGAGCAGACAGAAAUCCUGUUGCCAGACUCUCUGCCAUCAACACUGCAAGAGCUGGAUCUGACCGGCAACAGCAGCCUCAUGUUAGAGCACAAAACACUCAACCUCUUCAGUCACAUCAGCACUUUGAAGCUGGACCAGAAGCCAUCUGUGACCGCAGGAGACGCACAGGGCACGUCCACCCUGUGGGAUCAUGGUUACGCUGAGAUGUGUGGGCAAAGAAACAAGUUGUGUGUGUCUGUGCUGGCUGUGGAUCGCUUCGGAGACAGUCCAGAGGCUGCUUAUGGGAUUUUUGAUGGCGACCGUAAUGAGGAAGUUUCCAGGUUACUGCAGUGCACCAUGGGAGAUGUAUUGGCAGAGGAGAUCCAGCACUCCAGUGUGGACCGUGUAUACAUGAGCAACACUUUCCUUACUUCCCAUAGGAAACUUGGCAUGGCAGGCCAGAAGCUCGGUGCCUCUGCUCUGCUCUGUUACAUCCAUCACGAGUCCUCUGAACCUGGCCGCUACUUCAGCCUCACUGUGGCCAACGUAGGCACCUGCCAGGCUGUACUGUGUCGUGAUGGGCAACCUCUUGCCCUGUCAAAGGUUUUCAGCCUAGAACAGAGCGCUGAGGAGAUGGAGCGCGUCAAACUGGCAAAAGCUAUCAUCACUGAGGAUAACAAGGUGAGUGGGGUGACAUGCUGCUCACGGUUACUUGGCUGUUCCUACCUGUUUCCUUGGGUGCUUCCCAAACCCUGGGUGCACACAGAGCCUCUGUGUUCCCAGGAUGAGUUCCUGAUCCUAGGAAACAAAGCACUCUUCCAGAAGGUUUCCUACCGGGAGGCAGUGAGCACUGUGCUGGCUGUCAGAGACCCCCGCGCUGCUGCCAAAAAGCUCUGCACGCUGGCACAGAGCUAUGGGUGCCGGGAUAACGUGGGAGCAGUGGUGGUAGCUUUGCAUAUCGGAGAAGACAGCUGUACGUGCGAGCCUCCUCUCUCGACUGCAGAAGCCCGAGGACCACCUUUACCGAUCUCUGUGUCCCCUGGCGACCCAGCCACGCCGUCAUCUAGCAGUGGCAUCGCCUCGGAGUUCAACAGCGAGAUGUCCGCUUCGGAAGUGGGCAGCGAGGCUGGGUCCACCGCUUCAGAUGAGCACCCCUCUUCAGGACCAAUGGCUCGUCCGGAGCGCCGCUGUAGUUUGCAUCCGACUGCUACCUUGUGCAACACCGGGCCAGUUGCGAGCUUGGGGCCAGGGGCGCACACGGCUCUAUUCCAGCGGCAGCCUUCCAGCGCAACCUUCUCAAGCAACCAAUCGGACAACGGACUGGACAGCGACGACGAGGCUCCUUUAGAAGGCGUCAUCUCAAACGGGAGUAAGCUUGAGGUGGAAGUGGACAUCCAUUGCUGCGCUUUUCAGCUGCGCUCCGGACCACCAGAAAGUCCCAAGGAUCUGGAUGCCCGGCAUGAUUCGAGGGGCUCGGAUUAUCCCAACAGCAAAAUGCGGCGGCAAAACAGCGUGGUGGUUUCUGCCACCAACGGCUGCCUGCUGGCCGUAUGCGGCCGAGAGAUCUCGGAUCUGAAGAAGUCUCCUUCAACCUCUAGUCUCUUUGGGAAGAAGCUCUCUAAUGGCUCCGUAGUGGCUCUCGAGGAUAGCCACAAUAUUAUUGAAGUAGCACUGGAGGCCCCAAAAAAGAAGUCGGGAUAUUUCACCGCACCAGCCCAGCAAGACCCGGAAGACCAGUUAAUUAUACCACCUAGUCUGGAGCAAGAUGUGCGAGAGCAACUGAGAGGCCAGAGCCCUGUGGUUCCCGGGCCGCCGUCCUCAGCGAGAGACACCAACUGGGACCAUCCUCAGCCCACCGUCCCCGGUCUCCACCCCACCACCGUCCUGCAACAGGACGUCUACGACACCGCUCUAUAGUUGGUGCAAGAGGACCGCACCAUUGGAGCAUCUCCACAUCAUAGUGCCACAUCA